AUGGUUUACGUCGGUAUUCCAACGAAUUACACCGGCUCGCCCUCCUCCUUCGUGGCGGGGACGCCGUCUCUCACGAUCAAUUACGAGGCUACCCAGGAUCUCGACUCGAGCACUGCGUUCGAGGGUCCUGAGAAGCUUCUCGAGGUAUGGUUUGCGCCAUCUGCCACCGAGCUUGGUGUUGCUGGCCCCGAGGGCCUCAAGAAAGUGCCUAGCGAAAUUUGGAAGGAUAUGCUAGACCUGGUCAAUUGCCAGGUGCUUUCCGUCAUCACAUCUGACGAGAUGGAUGCCUACCUUCUGUCGGAAUCCAGCAUGUUUGUCUGGCCGCACAAGUUGAUUCUCAAGACCUGCGGAACUACUACCUUGCUUUCGGGUCUCCCUCGCAUCUUGGAGAUCGCCGCCUUGUUCGCAGGAUUCCCACGCGCCACUGCCCCUGCAUCCGGAGGUAUCGCAGUCGCGGCGGCUCCAUACCGAGUUUUCUACAGCCGGAAGAACUUCCUGUUCCCUGACCGUCAACGUGGUCCUCACCGCAGUUGGCGUGAUGAGGUGCGGUCCAUGGACAGGUUGUUUGUCAACGGCAGCGCUUACAUGAUCGGCAAGAUGAACGGUGAACAUUGGUACCUGUACCUCACCGAGCCUGGCACCAUGCUCACCCCACCGGCGACCCCCAAGGAGCAGGUUGAGUUCCAAGAGACCGAAACUAAGAUCCUCAAUUUCCCUGAGGCUAAACGGCGCACUGAUUGUGAUCAGCACGAUGAGACCCUCGAGGUCUUGAUGACUGACCUUGACGAGGAGAAUGCGAAGCAGUUCUACCUUGAAAACGCUACUGCUGUGGCCGAGAAGCGUCACCGCGAGAAGGAUGAUGGCAAUGACCACCUUGAUGUCUUCGGUAAUACUUCCGAUAUGGAUGAGGAGACUGGCGGCAUUCUGCCUCCCGAGCUGACCACCGAGGGUCACGCUCUGGGAACUGUCGUCUCUGAGUCAUGCGGUUUGUCCGACGUGUACUCGAAGAGCAAGUUCCCCGACGCUCGAAUCGACGCGUACCUCUUCACUCCAUGUGGCUUCUCUGCCAAUGGCGUCAUACCGGCUCCUGAUGGCAAGGCUCCGACCCACUACUUCACUGUGCACGUCACCCCGGAGCCUCAGUGUUCGUAUGCGUCCUUCGAGACUAACGUUCCGCACUCUCAAAGUGGCAAAGCCACCGCCGACAUCAUUCAGCAGGUUGUCGAGAUCUUCAAGCCUGGUCGUUUCAGCAUCACUUUGUUCGAGACUAAGCCCAUCAUGGAUGAGGUCGACGAGGCCAAUGGAGAGUUUGAUGUGGCCCACGCUCAGCGCCAGGCUCUUCGCCGCAGCAACAAGAUGGAGCACGUUGAAGGCUACCGCCGUGUCGACCGCAUCGUUCACGAUCUGAACGGUUAUGAUCUUGUGUUCCGUUACUACGAACGCAAUGAUUGGAAAGGGGGGGCACCGCGAAUUGGAGAGAAGGGCUUCUAA